ACCUGAGGUUUAUAGUUGCGAAAACAGCAAGAAGUGUUGUCCCUUCGGGGACAUCCGAUAAAAUUGGAACGAUACAGAGAAGAUUAGCAUGGCCCCUGCGCAAGGAUGACACGCAUAAAUCGAGAAAUGGUCUAAUUUUUUUUUCAAUUAGUGUUUUCGGAUUUGUAUUUUGCCCUUUUUUGCCCUAAGAUCAAAAAAAUCUGGAAGAAGCGAUCACUGGCAGCGAUUCAGCAUUUCCCCCAAUUUUUAGAACCCUAACGAUUAAUUGCGUAUUUUAGUUGUUGAAAAUGAACAAAGGAGGAGGGGGGAUGGGAGGUGGAGCUGGCGGCGUUGCUGGGCCGACUGCUGCUGCCGCAGCUGCAGCGGCGCAGAAGCAGAAAACCCUUUUGCAAAGGGUAGAUACAGAUGUUGGAGGUCUCAUCGAUAAUUUUGGAUUCCUGGUUAAUGUAGCUCGGGUUAAUGAUCCACCAGUGCGAAACUCCCAAGAAUCUUUCAUGAUGGAGAUGCGCGCUGCCAGAAUGGUUCAAGCUGCUGAUUCUCUGCUGAAGCUGGUGUCCGAGCUGAAACAGACAGCAGUCUUCUCCGGGUUUGCGUCUCUUAACGAUCACGUAGACCAAAGAACUGAUGAGCUCAAUAAGCUGACGGAAGAUACAAAUAGCAUAUUGACUAGAAUUGGAGAAGAGACAGCUGCUAGCCUGAAGGAGCUCGAGCACCAUUACUACUCUUCCACAAUUAGAACGCCUCAACCUUGAAACAAGUCCUCGAAAUGUAUGUUGUAUGAGAAUUUGGCUGUAGCAUUUUUAUUGAUUCGUAGCAUUAAUUUUGGUGCAAGUGCAGGGCUUAAUUUUUAUGUAUGUGAAGGUGCAAUGAUAUGAUAUUUGUCUAUAACCUUUACAUGUUCGAUUUUCA